AUGAAUUGUACCAAAUGCAAUGAACCUUUGACGGACUCGGUGUCGUGUGCGCAGUGUUCGGGUGCUUAUCAUUACGUGUGUGCUGGGGUUUCGGAAACCAGCUACAAGAAAAUGGGCCCCGAGAAGCGAGCGGCCUGGCGGUGUAUAACGUGCCGCGCCGUGGUGUCUACCGACAACACUACAAACGCUGAAAUUUUGAGGGAAUUAAAGAACUUGAAAUCUGAAUUUAAUAGUUUCAAAUUGGAUCUUGAUACGGUGAAAAGGGACACUCACGAUACAGUGGAUGCGGUGCGGGAGUUAACGUUGAGUUGGACCAGUUUGGAAACGCGAAUAAAUCUCAUCGAAGAACGAAUGGGCGAACUGGAACUGAAAAUAACUAAAAUCUCCACCGACUGUGACAGUUCUAGAGAGGAAGUCGCUCUUCUCAAACAUAAUCAUAACCUGCAAGACCAGUUCUCGCGCUUGAACAAUGUUGAAAUUUUAGGAGUGCCAAGCAAAUCAGGCGAAAACCUACACAACAUAGUGAGCGACAUUUGUGCAGUGACGGGUUUUCGGCUUGAGCCCACCGACGUCGACACAGUUCAUCGAGUUAGACAAUUCCCAACUCACGACGGGCAGGCCCCCCGGCCCCCGGCCAUUGUGGUACGUUUUACCCGGCGCAGACGCAAGGACGAGUUGCUUGCAGCCGCCCGCGCGCGCCGCACAGUAACCACAGCCGAUAUCAAGCUAGCCGGCCCCCAGUCCAAAAUAUUUAUCAACGAGCACCUCACUCCAUCCAAUAAGCUGUUAUUAAAACGUGCCCGCGAGUUAAAAAGUGAACUGAAUUAUUCCUAUUUGUGGCAUAGAUAUGACUCGGUAACGAGCGGUGAGACGGGAGCCGGGCCAUCGCGGGGCGGUGGUGUGCUGACCGCGGUGGAGCGGGGGCUGCGCGUGCGCCGCCGCGACGAUUGGUGCUCGUCACAGUCGGCCGAGGAGUUUUGGGUGAGCGUCGACGCGUGUGGCGUGCCGCUGCACCGUGCUCCUCCGCGAUCACCGCAUACACGAAAUUACAAAAAUGUUUUCCUGCACAUCGCUUGUUGUUACUUCCCGCAUAAUAAUAAUAAUUUGGCCUCAUUACAAAUGUUUUUUGAAAACGCCGCAAAACUUAUAUUAGACAACCCUAAUGAUGUUUUUAUUCUUCUCGGAGACUUUAAUAUAUCUAAUGCGAUUUGGGAACCGAGUAAUGACGGCUUUUCAGAGAUAGGCUCUCAAGAGGCGCAGGCGGAGUGUUUGCCGCUGCCCUCUACUUCGACUAAUCCUGCUCCAAAACUCAUGAACUGGACAAAAUUGUUUAAAAAAUAA